AUGACCCAAGUCAACGGCACCGCCCCGCACGCUGGCCCAAAGGGCACCUUCCUCUUCACCUCCGAGUCCGUCGGCCAGGGCCACCCCGACAAGAUCGCUGACCAGAUCUCCGACGCCGUCCUCGAUGCCUGCUUGAAGGAGGACCCCGCCUCCAAGGUCGCCUGCGAGACGGCCACCAAGACCGGCAUGGUCAUGGUCUUCGGCGAGAUCACCACCAAGACCCGCCUGGACUACCAGAAGGUCAUCCGUGACGCCAUCAAGGACAUUGGCUACGAUGACUCGUCCAAGGGCUUCGACUACAAGACCUGCAACGUCCUCGUCGCCAUCGAGGAACAGAGCCCAGACAUUGCACAAGGUCUGCACUACGAGGAGCGCCUCGAGAACCUCGGUGCCGGUGACCAGGGUAUCAUGUUCGGCUAUGCCACCGACGAGACCCCCGAGUUGCUGCCAUUGACCAUCCUCUUCGCCCACAAGCUCAACAAGGCCAUGACCGACGCCCGCAACGACGGCAGCCUCCCAUGGCUCCGACCGGACACCAAGACCCAGGUCACCAUCGAGUACGAGCAUGACAACGGCGCCGUCAUCCCCAAGCGUGUCGACACCGUCGUCGUCUCUGCCCAGCACGCUCCAGAGAUCACCACCGAGCAGCUCCGCAAGGAGAUCAAGGAGAAGAUCGUCAAGAAGGUCAUCCCAGAGAAGUACCUCGACGACAAGACCGUCUACCACAUCCAACCAUCUGGCCUUUUCAUCAUCGGUGGCCCACAGGGUGACGCCGGUCUGACCGGCCGUAAGAUCAUCGUCGACACCUACGGUGGCUGGGGUGCCCACGGUGGUGGUGCCUUCUCCGGCAAGGACUACAGCAAGGUCGACCGCUCGGCGGCCUACCUCGCCCGCUGGAUCGCCAAGUCCAUCGUCCACUCCGGCCUCGCCCGCCGUGCCCUCGUCCAGCUCUCGUACGCCAUUGGUGUUGCCGAGCCACUGUCCCUCUUCGUCGAGACCUACGGCACCUCCUCCAAGACCUCCGACGAGCUCGUCCAGAUCGUCCGCAACAACUUCGACAUGCGUCCAGGUGUCAUCGUCAAGGAGCUCGACCUCGCCACCCCCAUCUACCGUGAGACGGCCAAGAACGGCCACUUCACCAACCAGAACUUCUCCUGGGAGAAGCCCCGCACCCUCAAGUUCUAA